GGGGCAGUGACGUCACCGGGAUUCUGGGCAUGACGUUGGAAGAAGUCGCAGGAGGAGGUUAGAGGCUGAUGUCUCCUCGGUGAUGGGGAACGCGGAGAGCAGCGCCUACCAGAGACGCCUGGCGCGGGUGCCGCCCGCAGAGCAGGUCCAGAUAGGGCAUAGCUUCGACAACAUGACUGCAAAUCCCAGCAAGAAAUGCGUGGGUCUGACGGCGUUCCAGGAUUCCAUUGGGCAUUCCCUUCCGGGCUCCAUGUCUCAGCGCAUUUUUCAUGGGAUGCGGAGUGUCAACAUAACCGGCAAAACCGCGGCGUGCGGUCCGGAGGUGACCAGGGAACAGUUUGUUGUCUUCAUCAUCGACCUCCUGAGAGGGACGGCCGAGGAGAAGAGCGCGGUCAUCCUGCCAAUGAUCGGCGCUGAGGGCAGCGAGCACGUAACGGGGCAGCAGGUUCAGCAGUUCCUGGAGGACCUGAUUGGCGCAGCUGUCCACGCGUUACGGCAGCAGAACGCGCUUUCCGGAUGGAGCCUCGAAAACACCCGGGACUGCGCCUCCGGGACCCGCACCCUGGCCACCCAGCUGCUGACACAGCUGCAGAAGCUGAGCGGUGGGCAGUCGCCAGACUCCGCGGAGCUCUCGUCCUUCUCCAGGGCGGCCAUUGAGGACUGGCUCUACAGGGCGCCAAUCAUCUCCACGUUCCUCAGAGUCGCCGUCGCCUCGCCGUUCUCCAUCCUGCAGCAGAAUCUACAACAGCAGAGAGAUGUCAGCAGCCUGGUGCCGCGCUGCCGCAGAGGGAGGGCGCCCGGCUUCAGCAGCCUCCUGGACCUGCCCGCCAUCCUGUACCUGAACUCCCACCUGCCCUCCGAGAUGCAGCACAAAUGGCGGCUGCUCUUCUCCACCCGGGUCCACGGCGAGAGCUUCUCCCAGCUGUGUGGCCACCUGCUGGACCAGGGACCCAGCCUUCUGGUCCUGAGGGACUCCGGCGGCUACAUCUUCGGAGGAUUCGCAGCGCAGAACUGGGAGGUGAAGCCGCAGUUCCAGGGUGACAGCAGAUGCUUCCUAUUCACCGUGGCGCCGCUCCUGGACAUCUUCACGUACACAGAAUACAAUGACCACUACAUGUACCUGAACCAUGGCCAGCAGACCAUGCCCAACGGACUGGGUAUGGGGGGGCAGCACGACUAUUUUGGACUUUGGAUUGACAGUAACUUUGGAAAAGGCCACAGCAAAGCGAAACCGCGGUGCACGACAUACAACAGCCCCCAGCUGUCCGCCACAGAGGAAUUCUCCAUAGACUCCAUGGAGGUGUGGGGGCUCGGGGACCUGUCUGAGGAGCUGCAGGUUAAGCACAAGAAGAGCAUCCUGGAUGCAGACCCAGAGGCGCAGGCGCUGCUGGAGAUGACGGGACGGACGCGGCAGAGCGAUGGACUUAGGGAUAAAGACGACGAUGAAGCAUAAAAUAAGGAGAGGACGGGAGGCCAGAGGGGACUCCAGAUGAAACCCCGGGGCUCAUCCUCCCGACACAGCCAUUAUUAUUAUUGCCAGCUUUAUUAUGGGCUUCAGGUCCUGCAGUUCAGGCGUUCACCACAAGAUGGCAGCAGAUUCACAUUAACAGGCUAUGGUGCUGCCCCCAGCAGAGCGCGACGCUCAUCCUCCGCCCGACGUUUACCAGAUUUUAUAGAAGAAAACUUUUAUUACGUAAUUUGUUUCAGAUGCUAAUCUCUUGUCCUGCUUCGGGGCUGAAUUUACAGCUUUUAAAAUAAUUUCCUCCACUGGAAACUGUAAUAAAUGAAACUGGAAUCUGGCGCCUCCCCCUUAUUCACAUACAGCGCCAGCCGCCAUCAUUCUUUUGCAUUUGUUAAAA